UCUGCGCCAAAACUAGUUGUCUUUGCCCGAUAACCCAACCCAGCCAGUGAUAAAUAAGUUAUGGCAGAAACGAAAAGUGGAUUACAUAUUCUUAGUUAAUGAUCGAUUUAUAAUUGCAAUGAAUAGUGACGAUGUUGUAUAUCUCUCUCUCUUAUUUUUUUCUAUAGGAUUUGGAGUUUUUUAUAGGAAACUUCCAACUGCGGAAUAUAAGCAAAAUGUAGGAGCCAUUUUGGGGUUGAUAAUUGUAUUUUUGGUGUCCGGAUUUCAUUCUCUACAUUUCCUUUUUAUAAUAGUUGUAAAUAGUCUUAUAAUAUAUUCUGUUGACAAAGGAAAAUGUCAUGUUUACAGUUUCCUGUUCUCCUUUUCUUAUUUAUGCUUCUUCAGGAUGUCUGGAUAUUUUGGAAUGGCAUUCCCAUCGGGGCACACCAAUUUGGUACAAAUGAUUUUGACUUUGAAGUUAGUUGGUCUGGCAUUUGAACUAAAUUCUGGUGACAUUGAUUACUCUCAGUUAAGCAUAAGGAAAAUAUUUUACUACUCAUUUAACUAUUGUGGAAUAUUAACAGGACCAUACUUCAAGUAUAAAACUUUUAUAGAUCAUUUAUAUUGCCCAUUUAACAAAUAUGACAACUAUAAGUCUGCAACUCUUAAAAGAUUAUUUCCAUAUGUACCACUUUAUGCUAUUAUUUUCUUGAUUUUUGAUUCCACUUGGCCAAUGACAUAUACACUGACAGUAGAAUUUUAUCAAAGAUCGUUUUUAUACCGAUACUGGUACAUUUGGCCUACUUUUACAAUCUUCAGAAUGAGGAUCUAUGUCGGUUUAGUUCUUUCAGAAUGUUCUUGCAUCAUGGCUGGAUUGGGAAUCUAUCCUACAUUUACUAAACCCAAACCCGGAAAGGGGCCUUCAGACAAUAUAGAGAAACUAAAAGAAAUUUGUGUUGAUGAAAGAGCUUUGGAAACUUUAGAAUAUGACUAUGAAACAAUCAAUAACAUCAACCCUUACAUAACUGAAUUCUGUCCUACUUAUAGAGAAGGAAUCAAGAAUUGGAACAUGACUGUUCAGUAUUGGUUAGGUGUUUAUGUGUAUAAACACUUUCCAUACAAACAGUUUAGAACUUUUGCCACUCUUUUUGUUUCAUCAAUAUGGCAUGGCAUUACUCCUGGCCACUACUUCUGUAUUUGUACAGUUCCCUUAGGCCUUUUAGUGGAAGACAUUUGGGUUAAAUUAUUAAUUAAAGAUAAUUCUAUUAUUCCAGCCAGGACAGCUUCACUUAUACUGUGGUUUUUGAAAAUGCAGCUUUUUUCUUACCAAAUUAUGGCAUUUAAUAUGUUGGACCUUCAGAAAUUUAUGACAUAUUAUAAUUCUGUUUACCAUUGUGUACCAGUUUUAUGUUUUGCCUUGUACUCUACUGGAAUAUAUCUUUUAAAAAAUAGGAAUACAAAUACUAAAGAAUUUUAA